GACCAUCCACAACACCCCUUUCUUUCCCGCCAUCAUUACACCACAUCCUGUUGGGCAGUCUUUGGGUGCGGCGACAUCUUCACCAAUCGAUUUGUCUACUACCACCCUUGGUGGUGGAGUUGCAACUCUCCGUGCAGGUCAACAUAUGCGAGCGCGGGGCUCCCCUGCCAUGAGCACGACGCGAUCAGUGCCAACUUUCUCUCUCACUUGUCAUCCGGCCAGUAUGGCAACGUUUCCAUGGGUUUCGAACAAUAUCGUGUCGAAGACCCUUAUGGGUUGAACAGUCGUGGACAGCAAUCGGCUUGGACAGCGACUAUGCUGAUCCUGCACAGCAUAUGCUCCUCGUCGAAGGCAUUCGCCUACGGUCAUUCUCACAUCGCGCGUUCGAACGACGGAUGUGUCUUGCAAGGCACCUCUCCUCACAGCGCGAGCCUGACACCCCCUCAUACCAAUGCCACUGGCUAUACGGACGUUGCUGGAUAUGCUAACGUGAGCCCUUUUGGCACGGUCGCUGUUGCUGGGUCAUUGAAUGAUCCUUAUCAGAGCUACGGCUAUGGCAUGUAGAGCGGGUACAUUGAUUGGUGUGUUUUUUCCUACUAAUUAGUAUACACGAGCUAACUAUCCUCUUCUACAGCUGGCUACGAACGAGUUCGUUGGAUCUGAAUGGGGACGAGUAGCGGAUGGCGGGCGCGAGCUGGGUGGACGGCGCUAGUAGGGUGCUGUUUUUUUUUCAUCAUUUUUCGCUCUGCAUCGUCGUGUUUCAUUCUGCAUCAACGUAUAUCCCUGUAUAGCAAUACCUAUCA